CCAUAUGCACGCCAUCAGGAGUCGACUCACUUUGCUCCCUCCGUCAUUCCUCCGUGUUUACUCCUUAUCCGAAGAAGUUUUAACCGAGCUUUCGUUAUUUACAGCGCACAAGAUGUUUUGUCCGGUUGCUUUUGCCUACCACAAGUCGUGAACAUGUUGAAAUGGAUUUUAUUAGACUCUUGGGCGCCGUUAUUGUUGUUUUCUUCCAUCCUGGAGCUUUCUUCAAUAUUAAUGCUCAGAGGAUCUGUCGGCGUGGGACUGAACGCCCCUGCUACAGGGUGUCCUAUACCCAGGACUUCAGGAGGAGACUGACCUUUGCAGAUGCCAGCCAGGCCUGCCAGUCAGACGGAGGGGAGCUGCUGAGCAUUGAGACAGAGGGCGAGCAGCAGCUCAUAGAGAGGUUUAUCAAAGAACUGCAGGUGGGAGAUGGAGACUUUUGGAUUGGACUAAGACGAAACCCGCAGCGUCUUAGCGCAGGAACUAGCAGCCCAGUCUGCCCCUCUCAGUACUACUGGCUUGAUGGCAGCAAUGCCAAGUUCAGGAACUGGCAUUGGGAUGAGCCAUCAUGUGGCACAGAAAUGUGUGUGGUUCUGUACCACCAGCCCUCUGCCCCUCCUGAUGAGGAGGGACACUUCCUGUUUCAGUGGAAUGACGACAACUGUAACUCAAAAAACAACUAUGUCUGCAAAUACUCAGAAAAAAGAACCCCAGCUAUUACUGAACGAAAUGCAGCACGUGUGGUGCCAACCUCAAGGUCAAAGAUUGUACCAACAACAUAUUCUGGGGAAAAAAUAAAAACUGGAUUUCCCGAGUCAUCAGUUUCUCUUUCAGACAACAUCUCAUAUAUCCUCUAUGUUACUAUCCCUGUCCUGCUGCUGCUGGUCAGCACAUCUGGCUUUUUCUGCUACAAACAUCGUGUCAACAGACAAAAGACUCAACUGGAAAGCUAUCCAGGUCAGCAUCAACAGUGGACAUCUGUGGCAGCUUCACCUUGCCCAGUACAGGGACCAUACGCUCUGAGUGACGUCACUAAACUCCCCCCCACUGUUUUGGAUUGUAGCCUGACUGCAAGACCCUCCUGCACUCUGCCCUUCAACUUUCAGUGUGGUGACUAUGAAGACGUGCCAUGUGCAAACAGGGGCACUGGCUUUGUGAUCAAUGACAUAUAUGAGACAUCCCAAGCUCCAAGUCACCACUACCACAGUCAGACUGGAUGGGUGGAAAAUGAAAUAUAUGGUUGACUUGAAAUCAUAUUAAAUAAUUAUGGCUCAUAUACAACAUGCCCUGAUUUGAAUGGCUUUCCACAUUCACUUAUUUGUGUCCAGGUUAGUAACAUUCAUCCAAAAGUCUCGCUAGGGAGUGUGUCACCUCAAGAAUGAUUUCCAAUAUUUAGCCGAAAGAUUAGGCAAUUAGUUAUAAAUAUCACAAAAGAGAAGCCCAUGUUCUAGUUUGAACACCAUUGAUCUCUACUCAAUAGGCCUACUGAGUGACUCUUUACGCAUAGGAUAAACAGCGUCUCAAGUGACUCUUUGACAAAAGCAACCACUGGCUUAGAUUCUGCACUAAAAUAAAUGAAUGUGCAGAUUUCACAUAGAAUAUCUUGUUGACAUGGAAGAAAUUAUCAGAGGUCAUGUAAUUUGGCUGAUAUUAAUAUUACUAACAAAUCUAAUUCCCAGGCAUCAAAUUAGUCCCACUCAGUCUCAAAUAUGCCUAGGAAUUCUACAUAUGAAUGUAUGUAGUAUCACAGCUAAAUUAGAUAAACAGAUCCAGGUAUAUUUAUAUUUUCUGAAACCUGGCUGUCAAAUUAAAUAAGUCAUAAGGAAUCAAUAUUGAAAAUUACAAAGUUGUUGGUUGUGACAGGCAAACUAAGGGAGUUCGUGGCGAGUUGGUGCCAAUGCCGUGAUUUCAUGCAGCUAAUUUCUAUUCCAACCAGACUCUAGAAAAAGGCACACUCAUUGAUGUAAUGUUAACAAACAAACCCCAUAAUCAUGUGUUUUUCGACUAGAUUUUAGUAACCACUGUCCAAUUGGAUGUAUUUGACAUACAAAGGUGAAAAAGACACAUUCGCAUGUAAAGGUGGAAAGAUCAUAUAAACAUUUCAGUGAACAAACCUUCACCUCUGACUUGUAUUACAUUGAUAUCGGGUUAACAUCAGCAUUCCCUGACCCUGAUAUAGCCUUUAAUUUCUUUAUUAACAUAUUUAAUGAAAUUGCAGACCGACAUGCACCUAAAAGAAAAAUUAGGGUUAAAAACUGAUGAUCUUUGGCUCAACUGAGAAAUUGCGGGUUUAAUUAGAGAAAGAAAUGCUGCCUGGAAAACUAUAUCAGAUAUGCAAUGGGCAUUUUUUCAUAUUUUUUCAUAGAAUAGAUCUAUAUAAAUAAUUUGAAAGGCAAACACUUCUUCAUGUCUGUGCAGAUAGAGUCACGGAAAUCCCACAAAGUUCCAGAGACCAGUAAGA